UAUUACUAUAGGUGACCCAGCUAGAUAGAUGACAAUUAUUUGAUCAUACCCUAUACGACUUUAUGUACAUUCAGCUUUUAAAGUGAAGCAAAUAACACAGUGAAGUAAAGAAAAAUUUCAUUUUACAUAGCUGAGAUAGGAGAAAAAUCUAGCGUUUAUAGAAAUAUCUGGAAAGAAAUUAACACUUUUUAUAAGAUGUGUUGUUAAACUGAGAAAAUAGUGACGCACGUUUAUAAUAUGUGUAUGAGCUUUUGUGGGAAAAGUGAAUUAUAGGAAAAGGAAAACUCACAGUGGGAUGUAGUAUGACACGGAGGAUAGAUAUUAUCGUUAAAUAUUGAGAAAGGAAUUACAGAAAAAUGGAGGUCCUUGCAUUUAUCCCGUCCUUCAAACGGCUCUUUAACAGCCGCUGUGACGACUGGGUGGACAAGAUAAAUCAUGUCUACACCGUCAUGCUAUUGCUGGUGUUUGCCGCCGUUGUCAGUACGGCACAAUAUGUGGGUUCACCAAUAUCUUGCUGGAUUCCUGCAGAACUGAAACAUGAUGAAAAAUAUUUUGAAAAAUAUAUACAUAAUUAUUGUUGGAUUAAAAAUACGUACUACAUUCCAAUGUUUGACGUGAUUCCAACGAACAUUAAGGAACGUGAGGAGGAGGAAAUUACCUACUACCAAUGGGUUCCAAUAUACCUAUUACUGCAGGCCUUUUUAUUUAAACUGCCAAAUAUACUGUGGAAGAUGUUACACGAGGGUUCCGGUCUUAAUGUCGAUAAACUGAUCAAAAAUGCGCAAAUUUCGCAACAUGCAUCUCCGCAGGACCGCACAAACGCUUAUGAAGGUUUAAUCAUGAUGAUAAAUAAAUGGAUACGAGUCAGUCAACCGUAUCAUAACUCUAGGUUUUCGCGUUUUAAGGAUACGCUUUCACGUAUGCUCUGCUUUGUUUGUUAUAAAAGAAGAGGAAACUUUUUAACAGGCCUAUACUUAACUAUGAAAUUACUUUAUCUAGUGAACGUUGUGGCCCAGUUGUUCUUUUUAAAUGAUUUUAUUGCCAAUGACUCUAGCAGAAUGUUUGGAUUAGAAUGGUUGCAAUCAUUCAAGACAAUGACAGUUGACGAGGAAUCGCCAAGGUUUCCACGUAUUACCCUGUGUGACUUUGACAUCAGGCAGAUGGCCAAUAUACAAAGGUAUACAGUGCAGUGUGUAUUACCGAUUAAUUUGUUCAACGAGAAAGUAUAUCUGUUUCUAUGGUUUUGGUUUGUAAUGGUCGCCUUCCUUACAUUUUACAAUUUGUUAAAGUGGAUAUACUUGAUUGUGGUAAAAAGAAACAACUACGCAUAUGUGAAAAAAUAUCUUAAAAUCAGCGGGAAACCUUUGCAGCCCUCUGAUAAGAUAGUAUGUAAAAAAUUUGCCGAGCACUAUCUGCGAGAUGAUGGUUGUUUUGCUACACGAAUGAUCAGUAUCAAUACAUCUGAUUUGGUCGUUACAGACAUGAUCAGUAGCAUGUUUUUAGAGUUCAGAGAGUCUGAAUAUCCGAAUGUAUCCGAAAAUAGGGAGGAACCAAUCAUAUCUGAUGACGACAGGAAAAUGAACGCAGCACCAAAUCUAAAUCAUAAUCCACACCACCCUGGUGCAACCGGAAAUCCAAGUGAUGACGUCAUAAAUCGUAGAAAUAGAUUUAAUCGUCAGAACAGUAUUCGUUGAAAGAUGUUUAACGCUGUCAAUUAAUUAGAUUCAGGAUAUAUUUAAUGUGGUAGUAGAUUAAAAAUAGUCAAAGACAAAGUUAAAUGCAUCGGUCCGUAAUCAAGGGCCACUUGUCACGGACUUUCGAAUUUAUUUUUUUAUUCGUUUUUUAACACUUUGUUUAAGUAUUCCAGUAGUGCUGAUUCUCGUUGGCAAACUUUUUAAUAUUAGAAUUUUGCAGUUUUUUAAAUGUUUUCUGGAAAUGUAAUUUAAAAAUGUACACGAUUUUAAAAACAACAAGACGAGUUUUGCUCGUGGAAGAAUAUUUUCUGAAAGUGCAAGUUAACCGGAUAGAUCUAUCUUGUUUUAAUUAAUGCGGGCACAAAGCUGAUAUAUGUACUGAUUCAUUUCAUAAUGUAUAAAUUAAUGUGAAAUAAGGGGCGCAUUUUGCUGUUGUUUUUUAAUUGCAAAGGAAUCUCUUCCUAUGUGGGCAUUACAUGUACAUUUUGUAUUUGAUAUUACUUUGUUUUAAAAGUACGAAAGAUAUCAAAGUAAAUUUGACAAGUGAAUGUUGAAGGAUAAGAUAAAAAUUGACAACUGCCUUAACUUUGUACAGUUACUGUUAUUGAUCUUUUUGUAUGCAUUUUUUUAUAUUUCUUUCUAGAUUAAAGUUAUAUAUUUGUUAAA